CGAUAAAUAUAGAACGCCUUGCAUACCCGUUUCCCAUAUUUUUGGGUCACGUCAAGGGAUCGAACCUGCGAUCGAUAAGCUUGUAUGUCUCAUGAUAAUAAUUUACGACAAAAAUUGGAAGGGUUAGAAGAAUGAUGGGAGCGAUGGAUAUUUGCAAAAUUUGCAACGCUUCGAGGACGACGAAAACUCCACUUCCAUUUCUUAACCAGUCUCGUCAACCACAGAAAUCCUUUUCAUCAGUCACCUCUUCUUUAAAAUUAAAUUGCUUACCUUUACAAUUGAAUGCACAUCCCAAUUUAAAUAGAAGAAAAAAUUGCGGGGUUUCGAACUCGUACCGAUCAAGCAUGGACGUCUCUCCGCUGCCUACAUCAAAGAUUCCAGAAACAUUUUUCAGAAAGGCAUUGGAAUCAAUGGAGAAAAUAUAUCUCAACAAGAAUCCAACAGCUAGCGCUAUUCUGGACCUUGUCCACAGAUGUGAUGGUGGUCAACUUUGCUACGAUCAUUUCGCCUUCCGAACAUUUAAUGUUGAUGGUUUUGGAAUCAGUGCAAUGGCACAAUUUUUCCUCGACUUUGGCUAUGUUGAACGUGAUGAGUUAAGAUUUCCUCAAAAGAAUUUGAGAGCAUUGUGGUUUUCUCCUCCUGAGCAUCUUUUGGAUUGCGAAGGGGAAGGUGUUAGUGGACCAUUGCCAAGAAUUUUUAUCUCAGAGCUCCUUGUUGACAAAUUGAGCCCUGAAGCUCAGGCAAUAAUAAAGAAAUAUAUAAAUCUCUCUGCACAUGGGAACAAAUAUGCUGCCCUUGCAAGCGUUACGGGUUCUUUGACAUGGCCAACACCUCUGUUCUCUGAUUAUCAGUUACUGGUGAGGGAAAGUGAAUAUGCAGCAUGGACUCUUGUGAAUGGGUAUGCCUUGAACCAUUUGACGAUUUCUGUGCAUAGGUUGAAAUCUGAUGUUCGAAAAAUUGAAAAGCUCAAUGAGCUUAUACAAUCCAAUAAGUUUAAACUUAAUUCAGAAGGAGGUAUCUUAAAAGUCAGCCCUGAUGGUCGAUUGCUACAAAGCUCAACAGUGGCUGAUUCUAUGGUUUUUCAUUUUUCUGAGGGAACCUCUGAGUCUGUACCUGCUUCAUACAUUGAAUUUGCUGAAAGGCUGGUAUCCCCUGAAUAUGAAAAUUUACCGAAUGAUAAGAUCUUGGAGUGCCAUAGGCGGGAUGGAUUUGAAGUUGGCAAUGCUGACAAGAUAUUUGAGAGUACAUCAGCAGAUCAGAUAUGUCAGAAAGUUGCUUGAAUGGCAUAUGCCUCAAAGGGUGUGAGCUUUGUGAAUACACGUACCUUGUCUUUGACAGAUUCUGAUAUCUAUUAUCUACAUAUUGUUAUUAUAUCUUUAUAGCAUAUUUAUAAAUGGAUCCCAGGAAUAGGAAAUCAUGUGAUGCAACUAAAUAUCACUCUAAAUGGUGAAUCGUGUUUGACAAUAAAAGAAUUUGGGAUAGAUUUGUUUUGUUGUGCUAUUUUAUAUUUCAACCUCCACUGACAAAGGAGAUAUAACUUUGGACUUAAAUGUUUCAUUUGCAAUGAUGUCACAUCAACAAAACAAUGGCCAAUGUGAUAUGCAGCUUGUGCCAACUUGCUAUCAGUUUGUGCGGUUCAAUUCAAGCAAAUAAUUAUGUGUUGGAUUCAUGUUA